ACAUUAAAAAAGGAAAAAUAAUCUAAAGAAAAAAAAAAUCUAAAUAAAAUAAAAUCUACGGAGCCCAAAUCGAAAGUUACCAACUUGUGUGCACCAGUAAGGUUUUUAUUUUUAUCUUUUUUCACCUCCAAUGUCCCUUUAGGGUCUCCAAACCAAAUGUUUCAUGCAAUAAUAUUAAAACAAAUUAUUGUUAAAAAAUGUAAUCUUCCAAAUACAUUCAAUUCCCUUUGAAUAAAACUGUUUUACAUACCAUUUCACACAUGUUAGUGUUGCUCAAUCUCUCCAUCUUCCCAUUUUGGGGCUGCUGGGUCGUCUGUAACAGCAUAACUAUAUGAUGCAAAAACUGCUGCUGGUAUUGAUCCGCUCUGAUGUGGAUUAGUGUUGGAUGCUUUCCAGCAAAAGCCCAUUUGUCCCUAGCGUCUGUGGAGGUGAUGUAGCAGAGACGGGUCACGCAGAGACGGGUCACGCAGGUUUUUGUGACGGGUCGGCCCUCGUGGAGUAAAAAAACGACGUUUGUGGUGAUCGUGUCACGGCUGCAUGACCAGAGGGGGUUCAAGUCAGCAUCGGCAGUCCGUCCAUGCUGCUGCACGGUAAUCAAAUUCCCCAUAUAAGAAAAAAAAAACAAUGCUUCUUUUAUCAUUUACUCGUUAAAAUUGUGCUAAAGUUGGAAGUAUGUCUUUUUAAAUUUCAGUUUUCUUGUUUCUAAUUCAUUGUCUCUCUGUUGACCUCUCAUCAGUCACAAUGGCAGAGUAAAGAUGGGGAACUGGAACUUUCUUGGAGGAGUUUUGGAGGAAGUCCACAUCCAUUCCACAGUGGUGGGUAAAAUCUGGCUCUCCGUUCUGUUCCUCUUCCGCAUGCUGGUGCUCGGGGUGGCAGCAGAGGAUGCAUGGAUGGACGAGCAGGAGGAUUUUAUUUGCAACACCGCCCAACCAGGUUGCAGGAACGUGUGCUAUGACCGCGCUUUCCCCAUCUCCCUCAUCCGUUACUGGGUGCUGCAGGUCAUCUUGGUGUCCUCACCUUCCCUGGUUUACAUGGGCCACGCUGUCUACAGGCUGCAAGCGUUGGAAAAAGAGAGGCAGAAGAAGAGAGCACUGCUGUGGAAGGAUCUGGAGUUGGUAGAUUUGGAUCUGACCAGGAGGACUGAGCGAGAAAUGAAACAUCUCGAUCAGAGGAAGUUAAACAAAGCUCCGCUGAGGGGCGCACUGCUCCGUACUUACGUGGCUCACAUCAUUGUCCGCUCUGCUGUUGAAGUGGCUUUCAUGGCGGGUCAGUACCUCAUGUAUGGAUUCCGGCUCGGCCCACUCUAUAAGUGUGAGCGGGAUCCUUGCCCCAAUGCUGUUGACUGCUACGUCUCCAGGCCAACAGAGAAGAGUGUGUUCAUGGUGUUCAUGCAAAGCAUUGCUGCUCUAUCCCUGUCUUUGAGCAUUUUAGAGAUCAUGCAUCUGUGCUACAAAAAGAUAAGGAAGGUCACACUGGACUUCUGUGCUAAAAAAGGAAAAGAACGUGAUGAUUUUGAAGCCCAAAGCGAUAAAGUUAUGCCAAUCUGCGGCAGAGCAUCUCAGAAGCGAAGCACUCUGUCUGUACAGAACGAUAUUGAGCUCAUAGAGAGAAAAAAAUGUUCAAAUAUUUACCCAGAACUUAUGAAAACCUCAAUGUUUCUACCUCCUCAGCUUGCCACUCAAAGAUUCUACGGUCAAUCAGCCUUUGCAGAGCCACGCCCAUCCUUCCCUAACUCUCAGAUUUAUUCUAAAGAGAAGUCAGAAGGUUUUUACCUCCCUCACUCUGGUGACAAAAACAGCCAAAGGAAGAACAAAAAGCCUUCCAAAUGUCUACAGAGAGCAGCUCACGCCUCUCUGCAGAUGAGAUCAGCGAGGAGGCCAAAGGAGGAUCUAGACUCUUUCAAAUGCGCUCCUGUGUUGGAGGCUAAACGCUCUGACACAAAGUCAUAUGGAGGCACCAAAGCCAGCCGUGGAACUCCCUGUGAUCAAAUGAAGGUACAACCAAUAAAUGGAUCGCUUGACGACUGCAGCACGAACUCGGGAUGCGACUCAUCACUGCCAUCCUCAAACUGCCAAACAUCAGCAGCAAGUGACACGAUCAGCAGGAGAGCCGCAGACCUGCAGGUCUAAACUUUUAGCUGUUGUUUUGUGUUUUUCUUUAUAGUU